AUGGAAAACGGCCAAUCAAGCCGAGCGUUGGUAAACGUUCACGUGGAAGAUGUAAACGAUAAUGCACCAGUAUUUUAUCCGGAACAGUAUAACGUAUCGGUACGAGAAGAUGUAGAAAUUGGUAGUCUUUUGACAUUACUUUCAGCCAAUGAUGCCGAUAGUGGGACCUAUGGACAGAUAUUUUAUCGGUUUGCAACCAAAGAAUCACGCACUUUCCGAUUGGAUGGAAAGUCAGGUCGUCUGUAUGUGGAAAGGAAAUUAUCAGAAGAAUAUUAUCACUUGAGAGUGGAAGCCGUUGAUGGGGGUGGAAUGGCGAUCCUCUAUAUUACUGUUAUUCGUAGUUCUACAGCAAUUCCACAAUUUACGAGUGGACUGUACGAAGUUAGCGUUUUAGAAGAAACGCUUCCAGGCAUUGUGGUUGGAGAAGUUAAAGCUGAAGCUGAAGGAUCACUCCCGAUAAAGUACAGCGUAUAUUCCGGAGAUUCAGAUCAUUUCUUUGCAGUUGAUGCUAAAAAUGGACAAAUUAGCGUUGCUCAAUAUUUGGAUGCUGACAAAUGGGAGCAGUUAGUAAUUAAUGUACAGGCACUGACGGAUGGUGGUGGAGCGAAUUACACGCAAGUACUUAUCAAACUAAUCGAUGCCAAUGACAACGCUCCAACCUUUGAGAUGGACAAAAUAGAAUCGUAUAUUUACGAGGAUCAUCCGACACAUCAGCCAUUCUUUGCUGUACAAGCCUAUGAUAAGGAUCGUGGGAAGAACGGCGAGGUGAUUUACACUCUGUUACAAAGUGAACCGCCAUGGCCGAUUUCGAUUAGGCCGUUAAGUGGUGAGCUAAUGCUGAUGGCCAGUUUGGACUUUGAAACGAUCAAUAAGUAUUAUCUGGUGAUACAGGGAACAGAUCAGGGGAUACCGCCGCUUUCUUCGAACAUCUCUGUAGUGCUUAAUGUCCUCGAUGUCAACGACAACAGACCUGAAUUCAAGGAACAAAUGUAUUCCGUUGCAGUGCCGGAAGAUGUGCAGCUUAUGACGGACAUUCUAACAAUUCAAGCCAAAGAUUUGGAUAGCGAACAGAAUGGCAGAAUUUCUUAUCGGCUGAGUGAAGCAAAUCAUCAUUUCGGUAUCCAUCCUGUAAUCGGAAAUAUUUUUGUGAAAGCAACACUUGAUCGAGAAACGAUUGCCGAACAUCGCUUACUUGUUAUUGCUAGCGACCAGGGAAAGCCGGAACUCUUUUCUCAAGCAACCGUUCACGUUAAAAUUUUGGAUGUAAACGAUAAUUCACCAUCAUGUCCGACCGUGAAUUCCUUUAUGCUUACUGACGACAUCGACGUUGGUGAAAUAUUUGAAAAAGUGAUUGCAACAGAUCCGGAUGAGGGUUUGAACGGCAGUUUAUCGUAUCGCUUGCAAGUGGAGGAUGUCAGUUUUGCUAUUCAAGAAAACGGCGAAUUGUUCGUAAAAAGGAAACUUUCGGAAAAAGACUACAGGAAAGAAAGCCGCCUGUCAGUAAUAGUUCUCGAUCGAAAUGGCGACAUUCAAGCUCGGUCAACUACCUGUCAAAUUCGUAUCAUUAUUGGAAAAAUACAUUCCAAAGUCAAAUUUCUGGAACCAAUGGAUCGAAUCAUUAAAAUCGAUGAGAAAUGUACAUCGGGCCGCUUGCUAAAGGUGUUGAAUGCAACGGAUGUCGCCAGGUGGGAAAUCGAAAUGAGCGAUAUCUCGGGUAAUUUUGAGAUUUUGAACAACACUCUUCGUACUUCGGCAUAUUUCAAUGCAGCCUCAAUAAAGGACAGUCGAACACUCUCUGUAAUAGCAUUUGAUAAUGAUGGACGCCAAAAACAAAUUACUUUUAUCAUUUCUACAUCGACUUUAGAAAUGUCGCAUCUGGGCGAUAAGACAACUCUGAUAAGGAUACCGAAGACUACUCCAAUUGGUUCAAAAUUGGUGACACUGAAUAAUGAACAGAUUAGCGAGGCAUUUUGGCAUCUGCAGAAUGAGACAGAUGCAUUCUACCUGGAUAGUACCACCUCCACAUUAUAUUUAACAACAAAUCUCCGUUGGACUCGCGAUAAAAGUUAUCUCCUCAAAGUGCAGAAACGGAAUCCACAAGAUUAUUAUCAGGUCGAACAACAAAAUGUGUAUAUCGAAGUGGAACCAGCAAACAUUCACUGGCCAAAGUUCUCCAAUUGCCCACGAUUUUUUACGAUCAAGGAAAAUGAGCCUACAGGUUCAAUAAUUGGGAGAGUAUCAGCUGAAGAUGCUGAAGAAGAUAUUGGUAAACAGUUGAGCUAUUCGAUUGUUGAAGGUUCUACGGACUUGUUUUCGAUCGAUCCGGACACUGCUGAAAUAUUACUGAUUCGAUCGUUACAUUGGAGACAGGAUUUGUCGUUGUUUCUGGUAGUGGAAGUAGAAGAUAACUAUCGGGACGUGACAAAACGUUCACAUUGUGCUGUUUUCAUCGAUGUUGAAGAUACUAACGAUCAUCAACCGCAGUUUUUAAGUUCACAGAAGAUAACGAUAGAUAAUGAUUUUAUUGACGGUGAUGUGAUCCACCAUGUUGUUGCUGUGGAUGAUGAUGCUGGCGAUAAUGCCAAAAUCACUUAUGCGCUUAUAGAUGGCAAUGUGGAUGAUGCGUUCCUCAUCGAUCCCAAUACCGGUACUUUGGUUCUCAGACAUCGUUUCAACGGCGAACGAAAUGUACGCAUUCGAGCCAGUGAUAAUGGUGUACCACUGAAGUAUGCGGAAAAAAAUAUCACUGUUAAGUUUGAUUCCGAUCGUCGACAGUGGAGAUUUUUCCCGCAGCGGAAAUAUUUCAUUAGUAUGAAUAGUACUGCCACUCCAGGAACUGUUCUCUUUGACUUCCUCGAAAUCAGAAGUGAUUGGCCGCAUAUGAAAUUGUUUUCAUAUUUCGUUUCCGAGAAUGAUGCUCUGCAAUUAUCGGAUGAUGGAAAAUUGAUAUUACUGAAGGAAAUUACAUCUGGAAAAUACGACUGGCUUGUGAUAGCAUCUGGAGGAGAGAGAUUAGUCGACUGGGCAUCUGUCCAUCUGAGUGUAAUCAGUGCUAAUCACUAUCCACCAAGGAUUUCUUCAUCAAGUUGCGGUAAUUUGACGAUACGUGAAAACAUUGCUGCAAAACAUCUCACUCGUAUUUAUGCAUGGGAUGAGGAUGACGGUAAUGACGGUGAAAUUUUUUACAGAAUAGUUGUCUUUUUUAAAUUACUAGCUGGAAACGAAAAUUCGGCCUUUUUCCUGAAUUCUUCGACGGGAUUGCUAUCAUGCCGUGAGUUGGAUCGUGAACGACAAUCGCAGUAUUUUUUGGUGAUCACUGCUGAAGAUCAAGGCAUUCCAAAACGAGCUGACACUUGCACGUUGCGCAUUACAGUAACUGAUGAAAAUGAUAAUGUACCUGUUUUUGAUGAUACUGUUCCGACACUAAUAGAAAUUGAUGAUAACAGACGAAUUGGCGAAAUAUUAGGAAGGCUAUCAGCAACAGAUCAGGAUGAGGGUCCAAAUGGCCAGAUUACCUAUAACAUUGUCAAGGAUACAAGCGGUCUCUUGGAUAUUCGUGCUGAUACCGGGGAAAUCAUUUUUGCCAGAUAUUAUUCGACUUCACAGAGCGAAUAUACAGUCAAAAUAAAAGCGGAGGACCAAGGAAUUUCCCGAGUUUUAUCAUCGGAAAUUGAUAUUCAACUUCAUCUGACCAGGUCAAAAUCAGAGCUGACAUUAGAAGAACCACAGUUCCUAAGCGAACAUUAUAUUGGCUUUAUUAACGAGGGUGAACAACAUGGACAAUUCGUACUUCAGGUUCGUAGCUUAGACCGUUUGACUGAAGAUGCGCCGUUAGCAUACAGUAUUGUAAGUGGUAAUAUGGAUGCAGCAUUCGAUAUCGAUGACGAUGGGCGCAUAACAACGGCUCAGGAAUUGGAUUAUGAGAUUGAAAAUGUUUACACUUUGAAAGUAAUCGGAACGGGGAACGUGAAGAAAACGCCUGAAACGGAUGUACAUAUAAGAGCAGCAACGUACGGCACUUUGGUAGGAACGGCAGUAGCGACAGAUGUGGAUGCCGAUACACAACUAGAAUACAGUUUACUGUCGUCCGGUGAUUUCUUCGAAAUUGAUCCAUUCACUGGGAAGAUAUUUCUAAUUCAAAGUUUGGAUUAUGAAACCAACAAAGAGCAUAUCAUUCAUAUUCAGGUGGUAACGGACGGGGAAAACACUUCACGUGCUUCUUUACGGAUAAUUGUGGAAGAUGUUAAUGAUAAUGCACCCGAGUUUGAGGAACAGUUCUACCUGAUUAAUAUCGCAAAAGAUGUCGAGUUCGGCUCAAAGAUUGCUAAAAUACGAGCAAAUGAUCGGGAUACAGGGCUUGCUGGUACAGUUCGCUAUGAACUGGCUAUGAACAGCGUGAAGGACUUUAGGAUUGACCCUGAAUCAGGCGAUCUAUUAGUGGUUGGCAAGCUGGAAGAUCGCUCGACAUAUUACCUAAAAGUUCACGCAGUUGAUUGGGGCAAGCCAAUGCAAAGUUCUGCGGUCGCUGUUCAAAUUAAUGUUGGAAUGGACGAUUAUGACCGGAAACCUAUACGGUUCACUGAAACAUCAUUCAAUUUCACGAUACCGGAAAACACGCGUCCAUAUACUGAGCUUGGCAAAGUGACUUUGAUGGAUGAGUUACCAACAAACACGUUAUUACGGAUUCAAAAUUUCGAGCAUGCCGAUAUUUUCGAUAUCUCCCGCGAAGGCUCAAUUUUUCUGAAAUCUCCAGUUGAUGCUGAAUUCAAAAAUGAAUUUGAGUUCUUGAUUGAGGCGUCGUCGCCACAUGCAACAUACAAUUCAUCUGCAAAAGUAUACGUGAAAGUAGCGGAUUUAAAUGAUAAUGUGCCGUAUUUUACAGAAAAAAUUGAUGAAAUAACAAUUAGCGACGGAAUGAUUGGAAAUGAAGUUUUGGCGAGGUUUGUGGCUACGGACAGUGAUAGUGGUGAUAACGGACGUGUUUCUUAUCUAAUACUAUCUGGAAACGAUUAUAGAAUGUUCAAAUUGAACAGUUCAUCCGGAGUACUGUAUUUUGAGAAAAGUGUCGAUAUUGAAGAGAUGCAUUUGAAUGAAACUCUUGAUAACCUGCUAAUUGCGGCUAUCGAUAACGGUGUACCAGUUCGAUUGAAUUGGACCUCAGUUCUAAUCCGUUUCGAUUCCGAUUUCUUAUCAGCUGGUGCUCCAUUCUUUGUCGUUUCACAGUACGAGACAAGUGUAUUCGAAGAUUUGCCGAAAGGAAGUAUUGUGUUACGUUCAAAAGCUGUCAAUAAAUUAGGAUUGUCUGAUGGUGAUUGGAUUUAUACAGUAAUAGAUGCCAGUGAGUCCUUUGCAUGCAACAGAAGUACCGGCUAUGUAGCACUUAUCAAAGAUUUGGAUUUCGAAACGCAGACAGAAUACGAAUUCAUCCUGAAGGUUAAGGAUAAUCGGAAUCGAUCAGCAACAGUACCAGUUCGUAUCCGAGUCCUCGGUGUUGAUGAAUAUCCACCAGUUUUCACAGAAAAUAAUUAUGUCUUUCAAAUUCCGAAAAGCUCCCAAGUUGGCCAACAUGUUGGAGUUGUAUCAGCGAUGGAUCACGACUCGGGAAUUGAUGGUGUAAUUCGGUACGAAAUACAGGGAAGUGCAGCGCGAUAUUUAAGCAUUGAUCCAAGCACAGGACAAAUUAUGCUAUCACACAAGCUUCAUUACAGGACACUCAGCAAUGUUACGAGUGAUGAAUUCACAGUGAUCGCUAGUUCUAGUGCAAACCAAAGUUCUCGUACCAAAGUGACCAUUGAGAUUGGUGACUUCUUGCCGCCGGAUGUAUUCUCAGCAACAAAUACCUUAACAGUAACCCAAAUCUUGACCAUCGGCGCAUUAUUGUUGCUUUUCGUUCUGUUGCUCAUUCUUAUUGUACUGGUCAUCAAUGUGAGGACAAGAAAUCGCACAAAACCAAAUAAACAGGUUUAUAGCAUUAAUAAAGGUAACUUUGCGGUGGUGAGAGAUUUGAGUCGACCAUCGCCACGUCUUCAACGAGAAGCACAACUCGUCCCUCUCCCUUCUUCAUCUUACGCCAAAUUUAAGAAUUCUUCUUCACCUUCCACGGAUGUCAAUAAUAGCUCUAUGAAACUUGUCUUUAAAUCGCCAAUGGAAAAGAAAAUAGGAAGUCAUUCCGUAACAUAUUCAAUGCCUGAUUCAGGCAUUGAUCCGGAUGAUGUGUCAGUCACAAGUUCAGUCACUGAAUAUCUCAAUCAAAUUGGAGUGACACCGAAUAAGUAUUUUGAAUCGAAUCAAAGCUCAUCCAGAGAGCCUUUUACGAUUUAUAAAGAUGAAAUUCACAGCGAUCCAGAAAUCAGUGACUUAAUUUAUGCUAAAGUAGACGAAAUUUUGAGUCCAGCAAGUCGGAUGAAUGCCAAUGCGGUUAAUUCAGAUCCAGUGCCUGCAUUUCAGCCACUCAGCGAACUUUUGUUGGAGAUGAAGGAAUAG